GCUAGCUGAGCAUUUGAAGACAGUAGUGAAUAUGCAAGCUUUGAAGCAAUGCCAUGAAAGAAGAAUCUGUCAAAAAUAGAGACAAAAAUAAAGGCAUAAGGCUGCCUUAUUUUCUUUAGACAUUUUUAUAAUCUGUUCAGAAGAUCUUUUCACAUAAAUUCCAGUCAUCCUUUUGUCUGUUCAGGCAGGCAGUUGUUUUUGAUUGCAGAUUUGCCUGGCUGUUUGCAGCUUCAUCUAAAACAGAGUUCUACAAGGCACCAAAGAAGGAUGAUCCUUGGGAACCUCAGUGGACUGACUGAAUUCAGACUCCUGGGUUUUUCUGGAAUGUCUCAUUUGCACCCUUUGCUCUUUGUAGUUUUAUUGUCUCUUUAUAUUCUCACCUUGAUGGCUAACACAGUGAUAGCUUUCACAAUAAACACUGACAACACCCUUCACACCCCGAUGUAUUUCUUCCUCACUCAGCUGUCCUGUUUGGAUAUCUGCUAUUUAUCAGUCAUUAUCCCAACAAUUCUGGAGAACCUGAUGGUGGGAACAGUAAGUAUUUCCAGGACAAGAUGUGCAAUGCAAAUGUUUUCCUUCCUUUUCUUCGGGGUUGCUGAAUGUUUUCUCUUGGCUGCCAUGUCCCUCGACCGUUAUUUUGCAGUUUGCCACCCCUUGCAUUACACAGUUAUCAUGGGCAGCAGGGUCUGCAGGAGCCUGGUUGCUGGGAGUUACAUUUGUGGGGCUGCUGUGGGCUUAAUUCACACCCUCAUAACCUUCAGCUCACCCUUGUGUGGCUCUGCCAUCGACCACUUCUUCUGUGAGAUUCAGCCCCUGCUGGACCUGCUCUGUGGCAACACCUUCCCAAGAGAGCUCCAGGUCAUUGUGGUGGCUGUCUUUGCUAUUCUCAGCCCUUUCUUACUGAUAAUUUAUACUUAUAUUCAUAUAAUUUCCACAAUUCUUCACAUGGCAUCAGCUGAGAGCCAGCAGAAAGCAUUUUCCACUUGCUCCUCACACCUCUUGCUUGUGACUCUGUUUUAUGGCACUGCAGGCUCUGUGUAUCUGAGGCCGAAAUCCACCUACUGUGCAUCUGUGGAUAAAUUCCUCUCACUUUCUUAUUCUGUGCUGACUCCUUUAUUGAAUCCCAUCAUUUACAGCUUGAGGAAUAAGGAGGUGAAAGGAGCCCUGAAGAAAAAAUGGAGAAAAACUAAUUUACUGUGGAAAUGA